AUGGCUUCGGAGAAGAAACGCGUGCUGAUUCCCGGUGGUGCUGGGUACAUUGGCAGCCAUGUUGCGCUGACUGUGCUGAACACGCACAAGUUCAAGGUUACGAUCUUUGACAACUUCCACAACUCCAAGAAGGAAGCGGUGCGUCGCGUGGAGCAGCUCGCGCGUGAGGCGCUCCCUGCGGAUGCCAGCGAGCAGGACAAGAAGGACUGCGAGAUUGAGCUGAUUGAGGGUGACCUGCGCGAUGCCGCGGCGCUCGACAAGGUCUUUGCCGAGCACACCGGCGCCGAGAAGAUCUACGCGGUGAUCCUCAUCGGCGCGCUCAAGGCGGUGGGCGAGUCGGGCGAAAUUCCGAUCGACUACUACAACGUGAAUGUCGCGGGUACGCUCAACCUCAUGUCGGCGAUGGACAAGUACGACUGCAAGCGUCUUGUCUACUCCUCGUCGGCGACCGUGUACGGCGCGCCGGAGACGAUUCCCAUCCCGGAGUCGACGCCGAUGAACCCCCACAGCCCCUACGGCCACACGAAGCAGGUGUGCGAGAUGAUCAUCCGUGAUGUGUGCAAGGCGCACCCCGAGUGGCGCGCCAUUACGCUGCGCUACUUCAACCCUGCUGGCGCGCACCCUUCGGGCUACAUUGGCGAGGACCCCCGCGGAAAGCCGGGCAACCUCCUGCCCCUGCUCGCGCAGAUGGCCGUCGGCAAGUACCGCGAGGGCGGUCUCAAGGUGUUUGGUAACGACUACCCCACCCCCGACGGCACCUGUGUGCGUGACUACAUCCACAUUCUCGACCUCGCCGAGGGCCACCUCAACGCGAUGGUCGCGCUGGACGACGACUCGAAGUUUGUGAACGUCGACGAGGACGGCAAGUACCGCGCCUUCAACCUCGGUAAGGGUGUCGGUAUGAGCGUGCUCAACAUGGUCGAGGCCAUGCGCAAGGUGACCGGCUACGAGUUCCCGUUCACGAUCGUCGGCCGCCGCGCGGGCGACGUGCCCGACCUCACGGCAGACCCCACGCUCGCCGAGAAGGAGCUCGGCUUCAAGGCCUCGCGCUCGCUCGACGACAUGUCGCGCGACCUCUGGAACUGGCAGAAGAAGAACCCCAACGGUUACGACUCGUAG